AUGAUCAACUAUUCAGCUUUAAGAAUAGCAAGUCUUUGCUUCAAGAAAAAUGCAAGACGCUACUAUUCUGACUUUUUGAAAAGCUUACCUCGUGUUCCAGAUGCUGGUUCGAGAAUAACUAACAAGAACAAAGCAGUUGACUCCAAUGUGGAAAUUUCUUCAGGGCCAAAGACUUCAUUAAAGACGAAUAGAUUUGCUAAGAAGUAUUCUCAGAACGGAAUGAAAUCAUUUAAGUCAAAGACAAUUGGAGAUAUAGGUGCCCAGAGAGACAACCUUAGAAAAUCUGAAAAAGAAAAAGAUACUAAUAUUAAGAGACAUAAUCAAUAUUUACAAGUCAAAGAGAGGCUAAGACAAAAAGAAAAAACUCUACCCAACUCUAAUUCAAGAUUCAAUCCUAAAAGGAAUCAAGCUUCUGCGACGAAGAAAGAGUCUUUAAAGAAGGAUCGUCCAAGGAUUGAUAUUCGAAUUCCCUCAUUUAUUAGCGUCUCAAAUUUGGCUACUAUAAUGCAUGUCCCAUUGGCUGAGGCAUUCAAAAAGCUAGAUGAUUUGGGUUUUGAACACAUAAGACAUAACUAUAUUUUAGACAAAGAAAAUGCUUCUUUGAUAGCAGAGGAAUUCAACUUUAAUGUCGUAACUAUUGAUGAAGGUAACGAAGAUGAUUUGUUUCCGGAGCCGAUUAAGCCUGAUUUACUUAAGGAGAGACCACCAGUGGUUGCAAUAAUGGGUCAUGUUGACCAUGGAAAGACCACAAUCUUGGACAACUUGAGGAAGUCCUCAAUAGUGGAAAAGGAAUUUGGUGGAAUCACCCAACACAUUGGAGCAUUUUCAGUCAUUACGCCAAUAUCGAAGAAAAAGAUAACAUUUUUAGACACACCAGGACAUGCUGCUUUUUUAAAGAUGAGGGAAAGGGGUGCUAUAAUUACCGAUAUUAUCAUUUUAGUCGUUGCUGCCGAUGAUUCAGUAAUGCCUCAAACAAUUGAAGCAAUCAAGCACGCCAAGAGAUCAGGAGUCCCGCUAAUAGUCGCCAUUAAUAAAUGCGAUAAAUCAGGAAUCAAUGUUGAUAAAGUACUAGCAGAUUUAUCUCGACAUGGGAUUGAUAUUGAGGACUAUGGAGGAGAAGUUCAGACAGUAAGAGUGUCUGGUAAGACUGGCCUUAACAUGGAUAAAUUGGAAGAAGCAGUUAUCACUCUUAGUGAACUAGAAGACUUCAAGGCAGAAUUUUCCGGUGUUCAAAGCGAAGGGUGGGUGAUUGAAUCACAAGUAGAAAAGGGAACAGGAAAUGCUGCAACUGUGCUUGUUCGUCGUGGGACUGUAAAAGUCGGUGAUUUCUUGGUUGCUGGUAAAACCUAUUGUAAAGUAAGAGGAAUGAAGGAUGAAAAUGGCAAACUCAUCAAGUCUUGUGGUCCAUCUAUAGCUGCUCAAAUUUGGGGAUGGAAGGAGCUACCAGAAAGUGGCGAUCAAAUAUUACUUGCAAAAAAUGAAAAAACCGCUAGAAAGGUUGUUGAACAUAGAAUUACUAAUCACAGGAGUAUUCAAGCCACAAGGGAUAUUGAAAAUAUCAAUCAAAAGACGCAAGAAAUAAUCGAAGAAUCUAAAAGACAAGAAAAGCUCAAUGAACUUAAGAUGGCCGGGAUUGAGACUAAAUCUCUUGAAGAUGAAUCAGAGAAAAAUGAAACGGAACAAGUGAACUACAUGAUCAAAGCAGACGUUUUCGGCUCCGCCGAGGCAAUUAAAGAGAGCAUCGAUGGCCUCGACUUUGAUGAAGUAAAGUCGCAUGUGGUUUCUCAUAGUACAGGCCCUCCAUCUGAAUCUGAUAUUGACUUGGCGAAGGCGCUAGACGCUCUGAUAUUAUGCUUCAAUAUCAAAACUCCUCUGCAAAUUUUAAAGAAAGCAGACAAAGAAGGAGUUACGGUCAAAAGUCACAACGUUAUCUACCAUUUGAUUGAGGACGUAACGAAUGAACUCUCAUCUCAUUUAAAGCCUAUUAUAGAAACAAAGGUUUUAGGAGAAGUCCAAAUAAAGGAUAUCUUUUACAUAUCUGCAAAAAACAAGUCCAAAAUUAAAAUUGCAGGUUGCAAAGUUGCCUCAGGUAUCAUAAAAAGGUCUUCAAAGGUGAAAGUGAUUCGGGGAGAAGAGGUAAUAUAUACAGGAAUAUUAUCAUCAUUAAAGCAUGUAAAGACGGAUAUAUCUGAAGCUAACAAAGGCUCAGAAUGUGGGUUGUCGCUAGAGAACUGGGACAAAUUUGAAAGUGGUGACAAGAUAGAAGUUUUCGAAGAAAUUAGUCAUCCCAGGUAUCUUUGA